AUGGACAUUCAACAAGGAACCCUUUGCAUUCUAGGCUGUGGCAACCUGGGCAUUGCCAUCCUAGACGGCUUGGUUAAUGCACCCACAGAGAAGUCUAAAGAUUUACCAUUUGCUCGAUACACUGCAUGCGUGCGCAGUGCAAACUCGGAGAAAAGACUAUCCGAACGAUUCGCCGAGUCUUUGGACAAAAUAAGCAUUUCUCGCGGCAACAACGUACAGGCUGUACAAACUGCCGAUGUUAUAAUUCUAGGCGCAGACCCUGCCGAUAUCGAGGCCAUCCUGGUGCAGCCUGGGCUCCGCGAAGCCUUGACUGACAAGCUUAUCAUCAGCAUUGCAGCCGGCUGGACAAGACAAAAGCUCGAAAUCACAAUAUACGGCAGCCCAACCACCAACGAUAACACAGCUGGUAGAGCCUGGGUGGUGCGCACGUUGCCGAACAUCGCAGCCCAAGUAUCUCAGUCACUUACGGCUAUUGAAACAUCGGAGCCUGCAUUGCCGGAGCGAUAUCUCCAGAUAACGACGACGAUCUUCGAGCAAAUUGGUAAGGCAGUACACGUUGACCCGAGGUUGAUGAAUGCUACUACCGCUGUCGGGGGCUCGACGCCAGCCUUUUUCGCUGUUAUUUGCGACUCAAUGAUUGAUGCCGCAGUGGCGGUUGGUAUGCCACGGGACCUGGCUCAUACCAUGAUCUUUCAGUCGAUGCAAGGGACGGCAACCAUGCUUCAGAGUGGCAUCCACCCCGCUCUGUUGAAGGAUCAAGGGACGUCCUCGGAGGGCUGCACAAUUGGUGGGUUGAUGGUGAUGGAAGAGGCUGGUGUGCGUGGGCAUGUUGGACGGGCGCUUCGGGAAGCUGUUACUUUGGCUCGCUUGAUGGAGACAACACCCCAUGUUAAUGAUACAAGGCAUUGA